AUGGCGGACGAAGUCUGUAACCAAAUCGACGAAACCAUCAAGAACUUCACGGAUGAGAAGAUUGGUUCCAUCAGCGAGUUCCAAAGAAUCACUGAUGAGGCAUCCAACAAACAAUAUUACAAUGACACCUAUCAGAAUUUCAGAUAUACUUGCGACAGCCUUCAUGACCUCAAGUACCCGAUCGAGGACCUAGUCAAUGAUUCAAUCAGCGAUGAGGACGCGGAGCUGGUUGUGACCAAGUUGGAAGAGCUGAUAUCCGCGGAGAAACCACUCUUCGACCACUUCCAUACCUACUAUAAUUAUCAGACUGAGGUCUUUUACCCAUGGAAGAACAUAUCUCCAACCGGGGAUACAUCACCCGAGUGCUAUGAACCUGGCCACUUCCCAGAUCUCUUUGACUACCACAACUUGGCAUGGAAGGUAUGUUGA